UGUUUGCCAACUACGAGGAUGGACGACACACAUCACUCAACCGGAGCAAGUCAGAAUGCGGAAGAGAAACGACCGACUUUUGAAUGUGCUAAAAUAAACGGACCUGAGGAAUUUCCUGAUGGGGGCUUGCGGGCUUGGCUAGUGGCCUUGGGGGCCUUCUUUGGCCUUUUUAUUAGUUUUGGCUGGACGAAUUGUGUCGGCGUGUUUCAAGCCUAUUAUCAGACUCAUCAGUUACAGUCAAAAUCCCCAAGUAUAGUGUCGUGGAUCCCAGCAACAUCAAUGUUCAUGAUCUUUAUUACUGGACCCGUGGUUGGAAGGCUGUAUGACAAUUUUGGGCCGCGUUACCUGCUCUUGAUAGGGGCCUUCCUGCAUGUGUUCGGUCUCAUGAUGACUUCCAUCUCGUCCCAGUACUACCAGUUUAUCCUUGCCCAAGCUAUUUGCAGUCCCAUUGGCGCGGGCAUGGUCAUGUAUCCUUGCUUCAGCUGUGUCACAACAUGGUUCAUGAAGAAGCGUGCCCUGGUCAUGGGUAUAGUUGCCAGCGGGUCGAGCCUCGGUGGAGUGAUUCUACCUAUCCUAGUAGAUCGCUUGAUGCCUCAGAUAGGUUUCGGGUGGACUAUGCGAACAUGUGCAUUUCUAAUGUUGGCGCUAUUGAUCGUGACAAAUCUCACCGUGAGGCCAAGGCUACCUUCGCAACCAAAAACCAUCGGUAUCAUGGCAUUUAUCCGGCCUUUCAAGGACCUUCCAUUUCUUUUAACGGCCCUUGCCAGUUUCUUCUAUUCGAUGGGGAUGUUCAUCCCGAUCACAUUCAUGGUGACCUACGGCAAAUAUAGGGGAAUGUCAGUUGAACUUGCCGGGUAUUUAGUACCGAUUUUCAAUGCGGCGAGUGGGAUCGGCCGUAUUCUUCCUGGAUAUGCAGCGGAUAGGCUAGGCAACUAUAAUGUCUCUCUUUGUGCGGCAUGUUUGUCGAGUAUAUUCGUUCUGGCUCUGUGGCUUCCUGGACAAGAUCAAGCGACGGCAAUUGCAUUUGCUGCUCUCUUCGGUCUAAGCUCUGGCACCUACACAGCGAUUAGCCCGGCUCUGGUGGCACAAAUUUCCGAUAUACGGGAGAUUGGAACCCGGUCGGGUACGAUGUAUGCUUGCAUGUCCGUAGCAGCAUUGACAGGGAGCCCUAUUGGAGGCGCUCUCAUCUCGGCUGCAGGAGGGAGUUACUGGAAACUACAGGUUUUCACGGGGAUAAUGUUGGCAAUGGGGACCAUCUUCUACAUUAUAGCCAGGAUGCAUUUGGCCAAAGGCAAGCUGUGGAUGAAGGUAUAG